AUGUUUGAGAAAUCGUUCAACAUGCCUUUGUCAACAUUGACCAUUCCAUCACAUGUGUCAAAGUUGGACUUUACUCACUCAAGUUAUGACUUGCCAAUCCAACCAGGUGACAUACCAGAUAACAUAACAGAUAUCAAUCUAAACGGCGUGUACAACCAACCAUUUCAGCCUGGAUCCUUGCCACCCUCAACCAGGAUAUUGAUUCUCGGUGUAUACAAUCAUCCAUUGACACCCGGCACCUUGCCUGCAGCAUUGGAGGAGCUCUGGCUAGGCUCUGACAUGGACUCUGGUGAACAGAUCAUCUCUGGUGCACUACCAUCAUCGAUCAAGUCUAUAGGCGGGUGUUACAGACAUCCCCUGCAUCCAGGUGAUCUUCCACCAAACUUAGAGAGUCUCAAUAUGGACUUUUUUGAACAUCCGAUCUUGCCUGGCGUGCUGCCUGCCUCAUUGACCAGUCUCGAGUUUCAUGGAUACAGUCAUGCAAUCGAACCAGGUAUGCUCCCUCCAAACUUAAAGACACUCAUCACUAAAGAUGAAUUCACGUUGCAAGUUGGUGCUCUGCCCAAGACAUUGACCAGCCUUACCCUUGGCAUGUAUUUCAAUCAAGAGAUAAUGUGUGACGUACUUCCAACAGGCCUGCUAUCAUUGGACCUUGGAGGAUACUACAAUCAUCAGUUGAAGCCAAACAUUCUACCAAACACACUCACAUCAUUGACGCUCAGCAUAUUCCACAAUCAACCUAUUAUCAAUGGUUCAUUGCCCCAAUCACUUCGAUCAUUCUCAUGUCUCAACAAUCAACAAUUACAAGAGAUCAAUGCGCCAUCAUGCUUUGAACACUGCUACAACCUGGAGAGUGUGACCUUCACCAAUGGUAGCAGGACAAAGGAGAUUUGUGAUCUACCAAUUAAUGAUCUCUUCUUCCAUGGACGCCUCAAAUCAUUCGCCUUUCUACUCUACAUCUUCCACCUCAUCUACCUACCAAAGACCAUCGAACAAUAUGCAAACUCGAACAUACCCAAUCUCAAACUAAACUUCCAUGAAAUGGAGGGAGUAAUUCGAAAGUUGGAUACACAUCACUAUUUGAUCAAGGAUCUUAUAGAUAACUUAUUAUUAAAAAAUCACAUGUCAUUCAGAUAA